GGGGGUAUCCGCGGCGGGACCCGGGGCGCCGAGCUUCCCGCGGCUACCUGUGUCCCUCCUCCUUCCCUCCCUGCAGGGACUGGCAGCCUCACGGCCGCGGUGGAAACGGCUUCGGGCCGCAAGGCGCUGGUGGUGGGGAAGCCAAACACCUACAUGUUCGACUGCAUCGUGGAGCGUUUCGGGGUCGACCCGUCCCGCACCCUCAUGGUGGGAGACCGUCUGGAGACAGACAUCCUCUUCGGCAAGAACUGCGGCCUCGCCACCAUCCUCACCCUGACAGGCGUUUCCCGCCUGGAAGAGGCGCAGGCCUACAUGGCCAGCGACAGCGCCGCUGCCAAGGAUCUGGUGCCCAAUUAUUACGUGGACAGUAUUGCAGACUUGAUACCAGGCCUGGAUGAGUAACGGGUUGUACGUGUGAGGGCAGAGGGGUCAGGUUCCCCAUCCCAGAUCUCCAUCUGUUCCCAUUUCUCUCUCACUGCCCUAUUCCCUCAGUUCCUGGUUUAUUCAUGUGCCAACAUCCUUCUUUGGGGGCAAAAUGGGAAGGGGGAUUGGCAGGAGGGGCCAGGUUUACGUUGACUCCAUUCUGCUGAGAGCUGUCCAUAAUGGACAGUCCUUGUCUCCCUCAUUGCCGGCUGCCAGCAUCUUUGGGAGAGAGCUGGAGGCCUUGAGGCUGCUGGGGGGGUGUCAAAUCAGUGUCUGUGUGGCCUCUCCUCCUGCAGGGGUUCAGGACUGGCUGUUUUAGUAUUAUUUUCCCUUGGAUAACCAGUGGCGGCCUUUUACUACUGUCCUUUGGCUUGUAGCUCUUGACUUCUGAGCUGCAUCCCUGCAGUCCCUGUGGCACCCCUUCUUGCCAGGGGACUGGCUGGUACUGCCACCCACCUGGUGUCUAUCAGUGCCAGGGCAUGUGGAAGGAGUGUGCCAGAGCUCUGGAAUCGUGAAUGAAAGCAUCUCUGCCUCCCACAAGUGAAAGAGAGCACUGCCUCAUCUCUUCUCUCCCCUAUUCCUUAGAGAUAUUUCCCCCAGUACCCCCCUGCCCCGACCCAGUUAAUAACUGUGCCAGUGUCCAUCUGAGGGGCAGACAAGACUGGUUGGAGGGGUUUUUUUCCUGUGCCAAACAGACAGGCUGUGACUGCGCACAGUGAGUGUGCAGUUGUACCUUGUUUUCAAGCACCCCUUCUGAAGGGGCUUGUGAAGGACAGAGGGCUCCUAGACCAUGACAACACAGCACUAGUGAACUGUAUCACUCUCCCUGGCUGCCCCUUCUCAGUUGGAUUUUGUCAUAGUACAGUGAGAGAAAAGUGCUGAUGGGGGUCUGUGCUCCAGCUGCUGGUGUGCAGGUGAGAUGGUGAUAGUGUUGUCACUGCUGUGAAUGUGUCACAGUCCUCAAAAUCAUUCCUUGCUGCUUUGUCUUUUUACGGUUUUUUAAUUUCUUGAUCUAAUUUAUCAAACUUAUUUAUUGUUCAGAUAUUGUAUUAUUUGUAUAAAUUAUGCUGACUGCACCAAGGGGACAGAAGGCAGUGCCUUUGGGCAUCCCUUACUGUCCAUGUCUCAUGUUGAUGUUCUUACACUCACUGUGUCUCUGUAUAUAAUAAAGUGUGAACAUAG